UGCUGGCUGAAGUUCAUGACUCGACUGGUGAGCGCCCUUAUGCCUGGAAAUCGUCUUAUUGGCGGCUUCUAGCUACAAUACUUUCAGCUGUUCAUGUGGGUAAUUCCUCCCUGGGGAGUGAGGACUACGCUGCCUCCCUUCCUGACGGAUCGUCGCCAUUGAUUUGACCGGGAUCCUGCCACUCGUUCUGGCCAAUGCAACGCCUGAAGACCUUUGCACGGCGAAGCAAAACACCGUCCGCUCGCUUUGUGGGAGAGGAAAUGACCGCAGGAAUGAAACCUUGGAAUGCCAUUGUUGUGAUUUGCGGCGUUGCUGACAAAAGCAUUCAUCUGUAUUCGUACUGGUUUUGACGUCGAGUCGAACUCCGAGCGAGAACAACCAAACAUGCAAAGGCUAUAUCAAUGGACAGCACAGCUGCAGCUUCACGACGGUGCCAGUGCCCUUGUACGGUCAGACUUUACUGCUGUCGGAUCUCUACACAAUUCGCCCCGAUGUUGCUCCCCUCGAAGACUCAGCAUGCCUUCGGCCACCCGUAUUAAGUAUAAAUGGAUAUAUGGGGCCGAGAAUCUGGAGACGUAUGAGCCAGGAGGCUAUCAUCCCGUCACCACGGAUCAGAUCAUUCACAAUCGCUAUCGAAUCACCAACAAGCUUGGCCAUGGUGGUUACUCCACGAUAUGGCUCGCGCAUGAUCAAGAACGGCAACAAUACGUCGCGCUGAAAAUCGGAAUGUCCAGAUUCGACUCUGUGCGCCGCGAGAUCGCGACGCUACGCGCAUUGGAAAAGCGGCCAUGUUCACUAAAGUGGGAUCCAGCUUGGAUGAAAUGUGCUGUGUUGCCCCGGGUACUGGAUGCAUUUGACGUGACAGGCCCGAACGGCGUAUACGCGUGUUAUACACUUGCGCCGAUUCAGGGCGACCUCCAAGAAGCCCUCUUUAGCGGCAUGUUUCACAUUCCAGUCGCUCGGACCUUGGCCGCGAAGCUCAUGCUGACCGUAUCUUUUCUUCAUGCACAUGGAGUUUGUCACGGAGACAUUCACCUGCAAAAUGUGCUUGUAGAACGCACCGAGCCCAUCGACCAUCUUUCCGUGGAAGAAUAUUGGGAAACUUUUGGCGAGCCCGAAACCGAACCAAUCGAACGGGAGGACGGCAAGCCGUUAACAUCGAACGUGCCCCCGGUCGCCACUCUCGCGUGGUCAAGUGAGAAGGAGGCUACAGAUCUUACAUUGGAAAAUGCGAAGAGACUAGUAAUCAGUGACUUUGGGGAGGCAUUCGACCCAUCAUCGAAGACGCGCCUCGGUAAGGACUCCCAUGUCCCGUUGGCGAAGCGUGCUCCCGAGGCGUUUUUCGAGCCUGAUCAGCCGCUGUCCUACGCCUCGGACGUCUGGAGUCUUGGGACAGCUAUAUGGGGGAUCAUAGGCAUGAAGAAUCUUUUCAGUGAUGACGAGCCUCAAAAUUCGACUGUUGCUCAACAGAUCGACUUGCUCGGUGCAGACCACUUGCCUCCCAAAUGGAAAAGCAUUUGGCAGCGACCGCAGUCAGAGAUCCUGGUGGAGGACCGUCGUCCGCAUCCUCCAGAGUGGAAACGUGAACCCUGGCCGCCUCUGAACACAGCGUUCGAGAAGUUUGUCCAAAAGUAUCGCAGGGAAGAGGGCUAUGUGCCCUUCGAAGCAGAUGAGACGGCUGCCAUACUUGCUUUGAUGAGAGGCAUGUUGAGAUUUGAUCCCAAAGAACGCUUGACGAUAGAGGAAGCACUUCAGUCGGAAUGGAUGGUGAAGUGGGCUCUGCCCGAGUUGCGAGAGGCAAUGCAGAGCGAUUGCGGACAGUCGCACGAGUAGAGGGCGAGCAUUUCAGAUUACAGUAGAGAUCGAAUCAACUGCUUAGAUUCUUGUAUACUUGAGUUUACCAUGUUCCAUGGGUAACUCAUAUUCUCUUGCC